UGUCAUGGUUUUAUGUCUCACCUGAAACCGCGUCGUUUUUAAAGCUUUUCCUUUUUUUCUUUCACCAUUUCCAUAAAUCCCGUCGUCUUUUAAUUCUCACUCCACUGUAUCUCUCUCUCUCUCUCUAUUCACCUUUCACAUUCUUCUUCUUUUUCUUCUCUUUCUGCGUUAUACAAUGGUGUUUCUGUAGAUCAUUAUAGCGACACACAGAGAGAGAGAGAGAGAGAGCCCAGAUUGUAAGAAUUGAAUAUGAAUAGUUGUGUGGUUGUUUUUGUUUUGAUUGUUGGAUUAGUGCCGUUUGGGUGUGUUGGGAUUAGGAGUUUACCGGAGAUUAAUGGGGGAGAGAAUUACGGUAGUGGGUUUGGGUUUUCCGAGGCGCCGGAGUAUCGGAACGGCGUGGGAUGUCCGGCGAUUAGCCUAGGGACUGAAACGGCGUCGUCUUGCGACCCUUCUCUGGUUCACGUAGCCAUGACUCUUGACUCGGAGUAUCUUCGGGGGUCGAUUGCGGCGGUGCACUCCGUCCUCCGCCACGCGUCCUGUCCGGAGAGUGUCUUCUUCCACUUCAUCGCUGCGGAGUUCGACCCGGCUAGCCCUCGGGACUUGACCCGGAUCGUUAGAUCCGUUUUCCCUUCCCUCAACUUCAAGGUUUACAUUUUCCGGGAGGACGCCGUCGUCAAUCUUAUCUCGUCGUCGAUCCGGCAGGCUCUGGAGAACCCGUUGAACUACGCCCGGAACUACCUCGGCGAUAUGAUCGACCGGUGCGUGAACCGGGUCAUCUACCUCGACUCCGACGUGCUCCUCGUCGACGACAUUCACAAGCUCUGGAAAACCCGGCUCCGAGAUUCCCGGGUCAUCGGAGCGCCGGAGUAUUGCCACGCCAAUUUCACCAAGUACUUCACGGUCUCCUUCUGGGCCGACACGGGUCUCUCCCGGGUUUUCCGGUCAAACACCCCCUGCUACUUCAACACCGGCGUGAUGGUGAUAGAUCUCCGGCAAUGGCGAACCGGGAAUUACCGGAGCAAAAUCGAGAAGUGGAUGGAGAUUCAACGGAAGAGGAGAAUAUACGAGCUGGGGUCUUUGCCGCCGUUCCUGUUGGUGUUCGCCGGAAACCUGGAGCCCAUUGAUCACCGGUGGAACCAGCACGGGCUCGGCGGCGACAACGUGAAGGGGUCUUGCCGGUCGCUCCAUCCCGGUCCGGUGAGCCUUCUGCAUUGGAGCGGGAAGGGGAAGCCGUGGGCCCGGCUUGACGACAAGAAACCGUGUCCGUUGGAUUAUCUCUGGCAGCCGUACGAUCUGUACAAGCCUCGCCGGCAGGGAAAAGUCAAGCUAAAUCAUCAUCUUGCAUUGAGUGGUAGUACCUUAGGGUACUCCACUUUCUUCAUUUGAUAAUUCUUUUUUUUUUUUUUUUUUUUUUACUUACAAUAUUUACAGUUAAGUGAUUCUUUGAUAGGCUCGUACAGAUUGAUUGAUUGACAAAAUUAGUUGAUUGAAUUUGUUGUUGUUAAGGUCAAAUUGCAAUUUCAUCAUACUUUUAGUGGUUCCAUUGUUUGGGAAAAUUUUGGGGUUUAAUUUUGAUGUUCCUUUCAUAAUGUAUGAAUGUUGUACAAGAGGAAUAGCUAUGAACUUCUUAAA